CUCUUGCAGGAGUUACAGAAUUUGGCCUCCAAACAUCGCAACCUGGUCAUUAUCCCUCUCGAAGUUGCCAACCCUGCCAGCAUCAAGGCAGCUGCAGCCAAAGUUGGGGAGCACCUGGGGGACUCAGGACUGAACAUCCUCAUCAACAAUGCUGGAAUUGUCAAGAUAACCUUGCUUGAAAACGAGACACUGGAAGACAUGACCGAGAUUUACACCACCAACGCAGUUGGGCCUCUGCUGAUGGGCCAGGCAUUCCUGCCCUUGCUGAAGAAGGCUGCCCAGGGGAGCCCGGGCUCAGGGCUGAGCUGCAGCAAGGCAGCCAUCAUCAACAUAUCCAGCAUUGCUGGCUCCAUUGGUUCUCUUUAUGCUUGGGAGGAGAUGCAAGUUACCUCGUACCGCUGCAGCAAGGCUGCUCUGAACAUGCUGAGCAAGUGCCAGUCCCUGGCAUACAAGGAGCACGGUAUCCUCUGUCUGGCUCUCCACCCUGGCUGGGUGCAAACUGACCUGGGCAGCUCUGCUGGACAC